UGAUUGAAACGAGCCUAUCGUUGUUUACAACAUUUUCGGCGCAUUUUAGUUUGAUUUGUUUUGUGCCUAGAAAAUGGUUUCAAAAAUGUGUCGUACUUGUGGGAAACCCACAAAUACUAAUAAAUCAAUAAAUAUAUUUGCAAAGCGCAACCAAACCACAUUGGAACACAUCAAACUAGUAACUGGGGUUUCGUUGGCCAAUUGCAUCGAGUUCCCCAAUUUAUUAUGUAUUUCCUGCCAAACACGAGUGAAACAAGCUAUCUCCUUUCGGGAACGUUGUUUGGAGGUCGAAAGGGAGCUGCUCGAAUCGCUGGGUGAAAAAGAGUUAAUUGAAAUCUCUAAGAACGAAAGAAGGAUACCUGAGCAGGAGGAGCACACGGAUCAGUCACAGAUAAGUAUAGAAAUCGAGCCAGUUAUCAACAUGGAAAGCAUUAAAAGUGAAUCAGAAGCCAACGAGGAGUCGAACAACGAUGAAGAAAUUGUUUUUAGUGAAGUAGAUUACCUUAUUUACGAAAGCGAUCAGGAUACGAAUGAAAAACCAAACACAAAGGCAUCCGCUAUGAAGUCAAAAGCAAGAAGAAAAAGGGGGAACCAAGGGGAAUCGAAUGGCAUUUUUGUUUGCGAGGAGUGUGGAAACCACAUUAAAGGACGAGUAGCAUUUGUACUGCAUUGUAAGCGACAUCGUGGCGUGAAGGAGUUCAAAUGCGAAUUCUGUCCGGAUCGCUUCUGUACGCCGGCAGAACUUAAGCGCCACAUACGCAAACACACCGGGGAGAAACCCUUUGAGUGUCGCCACUGCUCUCGUUGUUUCUCAGAUUGCAGCACUCGUGUGAAACACGAAAGGACUCACACGAACGAGCGUCCCUUUGCCUGCAAUGAGUGCAACAGUGCGUUCACAACUGCAUACAUUUUGAAGAAUCACAUGCUCGUUCAUACCGGCGAGCGGGCUUUUGUGUGCACCCUAUGCAAUAAGUCCUUCAGUCGCGACACACAUCUCAGCUCUCAUUACCGUUCGAAUGCCCACAGACGCAACAUGCUGAAAGCUGCUGACCCUGAGGAGGAUUCAGCAGAGAUGGUGUUAUCAUAGAAAAUAAGCCAGUGCUAUAUUAUUUGUACUUAGGACUCUCUUACACUAUAAUUUAAAUAAAUACUUGUACAUUAA